AAAUCGCCAUACCUGCAAGUAAUGUCCGUAUUUUAUUUCCUGCGCACGAUAGACUAGAGAGAGAAAACAAACUUUCUAGAGAGAGAAACAGAGUCCAAUCUCUCUGCCUCGACCUCGUCGUCUCUCUCUAUCUUCAAUCUCUCAAUCUUGUGUUCUCUCUGUUUCUUCAAUCGAUCUCUUAAUUCAUUUUCAAGAUCUGCUUAUAUUGAAGCUGAUUUUUGCACAUCUGGAUUCACAGAAGGAGUAGUAACAAUGUCAUCUCUCAGUAGAGAGCUUGUGUUCUUGAUCUUGCAAUUCCUAGAUGAGGAAAAGUUCAAAGAGACUGUUCACAAGCUUGAACAAGAAUCUGGGUUUUUCUUUAACAUGAGAUAUUUUGAGGAUGAGGUUCACAAUGGGAAUUGGGAUGAGGUUGAGAGGUACCUCUCUGGUUUCACUAAAGUGGACGAUAAUCGCUACUCGAUGAAGAUAUUUUUCGAAAUUAGGAAGCAGAAGUAUCUCGAGGCGUUGGAUAAGCAUGACCGGUCCAAGGCUGUGGAUAUCCUUGUAAAGGAUCUUAAAGUUUUCGCGUCGUUUAAUGAAGAGCUCUUUAAGGAAAUAACUCAGCUCCUGACACUUGAGAAUUUCAGGGAAAAUGAACAGCUGUCCAAGUAUGGAGAUACAAAAUCAGCGAGAGCUAUUAUGUUGGUUGAGCUCAAGAAGCUCAUUGAAGCAAACCCAUUGUUCCGUGAUAAACUGCAGUUUCCUAACCUCAAAAAUUCAAGGUUGCGGACUCUCAUUAACCAAAGCUUAAAUUGGCAACAUCAACUUUGUAAAAAUCCAAGGCCAAAUCCAGAUAUCAAAACCCUUUUCGUGGAUCAUUCAUGUGGACAACCAAAUGGUGCCCGUGCUCCAUCACCGGUAAACAAUCCACUGAUAGGAUCCUUACCAAAGGCUGGAGCGUUCCCUCCUUUGGGUGCACAUGGGCCCUUCCAACCUACACCAGCAGCUGUUCCGGCUCCCCUUGCUGGUUGGAUGUCUAAUCCACCUACUGUAACUCAUCCAGCAAUUUCCGGUGGAGCUAUUGGUCUUGGUGGUCCAUCCAUUUCAGCUGCUUUGAAGCAUCCUAGGACUCCACCAACUAAUCCCUCGGUAGAUUACCCAUCUGGGGAUUCAGAUCAUGUAUCCAAAAGAAGGGCCAUGGGGAUAUCAGACGAGGUAAAUCUUCCCGUUAAUGUAUUGCCUGUAUCAUUUUCUGGGCAUGGCCAUAGUCAAGCUCUUAAUGCCCCAGAUGACUUGCCCAAGACUGUUGCAAGGACUUUGAAUCAGGGUUCAGCUCCUAUGAGCAUGGAUUUUCAUCCUAUCCAACAGACUCUACUACUAGUUGGUACCAAUGUGGGGGACAUAGCAUUGUGGGAAGUUGGUUCUAGGGAAAGGCUGGUUUUAAGAAACUUCAAAGUAUGGGAUCUUAGUGUUUGUUCAAUGCCUCUUCAGGCUGCUCUAGUCAAAGAUCCUAGUGUAUCUGUUAAUCGCAUUAUUUGGAGCCCUGAUGGUUCUUUAUUUGGAGUUGCAUAUUCGAGGCACAUUGUGCAAAUAUAUUCUUAUCAUGGAGCUGAUGAUGUACGACAACAUUUGGAGAUUGAUGCUCAUGUUGGUGGAGUAAAUGAUCUAGCAUUCUCUCACCCCAAUAAGCAACUUUGUGUGAUAACCUGUGGUGAUGAUAAGACCAUCAAGGUUUGGGAGGCUGCGACUGGUGCAAAACAAUUUACUUUUGAAGGUCACGAGGCUCCUGUUUAUUCUGUCUGUCCUCACUACAAGGAAAACAUUCAGUUUAUAUUUUCAACAGCCCUGGAUGGAAAGAUAAAAGCUUGGUUAUAUGACAACAUGGGAUCUCGAGUCGAUUAUGACGCUCCUGGUCGAUGGUGUACUACAAUGGCAUAUAGUGCUGAUGGAACAAGACUCUUUUCGUGUGGGACAAGCAAAGAUGGAGAGUCACAUAUUGUUGAAUGGAAUGAAAGUGAAGGUGCUGUGAAGAGGACUUAUCAAGGCUUACGGAAACGAUCUAUGGGUGUUGUACAAUUCGAUACGACUAAAAAUCGGUUUUUGGCAGCUGGUUAUGAUUUCGCCAUUAAAUUUUGGGAUAUGGACAAUGUCCAACUUUUGACAAGCAUAGAUGCUGAUGGAAAUAUUCCGGCAAGCCCGCGUAUCCGCUUCAACAAGGACGGAUCUCUCUUGGCUGUUUCUGCUAAUGACAACGGGAUCAAAAUUUUGGCAAAUUCUGAUGGUCUUAGGUGGCUGCGUACAUUUGAAAAUCCUUCUUAUGAUGCUGCAAGAGCAUCUGAAAAUGCGAUUAAGCCUACAAUAAAUGCAAUGUCUGCUGCUGCUGCCGCUGCCGCCACUAGUGCUGGACUUGGGGAUAGAGCUGCUUCUGUUGUCGCUAUCUCUGCAAUGAAUGGGGACGCCAGAAAUAUGGGGGAUGUGAAACCUAGAAUUACUGAAGAGAUGAAUGACAAGUCAAAGAUUUGGAAGCUCACUGAAAUUAGUGAUCCUUCCCAGUGCCGGUCCUUGAAGCUACCUGAACACAUGAGAGCAACCAAGAUAUCGAGGUUGAUAUAUACAAAUUCAGGCAAUGCUAUUUUGGCAUUAGCGUCAAAUGCCAUUCAUCUGCUUUGGAAAUGGCAGCGAAGUGACCGCAAUUCAGGUGGCAAGGCAACGGCCAAUGUAUCACCUCAAUUAUGGCAACCAUCAAGUGGCAUUUUGAUGACCAACGAUGUCACUGACACUAACCCUGAGGAUGCUGUUCCCUGUUUUGCUUUGUCCAAAAAUGAUUCUUAUGUGAUGUCUGCAUCGGGAGGAAAGAUUUCUCUAUUCAAUAUGAUGACAUUUAAGACAAUGACAACUUUCAUGCCUCCGCCACCUGCAGCAACGUUUCUUGCAUUCCAUCCUCAAGAUAACAAUAUCAUUGCUAUUGGUAUGGAUGAUUCGACAAUCCAAAUAUACAAUGUUCGCGUUGAUGAGGUCAAAAGCAAGCUUAAAGGUCACUCUAAAAGAAUUACCGGCCUUGCCUUUUCUCAUGUGCUUAAUGUCCUAGUUUCAUCUGGAGCAGAUGCUCAGCUUUGUGUGUGGAGCUCUGAUGGUUGGGAAAAGCAAAAAAACAGAUUCCUGCAGAUGCCAUCUGGGAGGACAACAACAGCACAGUCUGACACUCGCGUACAGUUUCACCAAGACCAGACGCACUUCCUUGUUGUGCACGAGACACAGCUCGCUAUCUAUGAAGCAACAAAAUUAGAUUGUGUCAAACAGUGGGUCCCACGUGAAGCUGCUGCCCCAAUCUCUCAUGCGACAUUCUCGUGUGAUAGCCAGCUGGUAUAUGCCAGCUUCUUCGAUGCAACUGUGUGUGUAUUCACUGCUGCUAAUCUUCGACUACGAUGUCGUAUUAACCCUCCUAGUUAUCUUUCACCCAGUGUCAGCAACUCAAAUGUCCACCCACUAGUGAUUGCGGCGCAUCCACAAGAACCAAAUCAGUUUGCGUUGGGUCUAUCGGAUGGCGGAGUCCAUGUCUUUGAGCCACUUGAAUCAGAAGGCAAAUGGGGAGUACCUCCACCAGUUGAGAAUGGGUCAGCAAGCAGCGUACCAGCUACACCUUCAGUUGGUGGACCUUCAGGCUCGGAUCAACCUCAAAGAUGAUCGAGUGGCUGCCAAGCACGGGUUCUUUUACAUGCUUUCGCUUGCUGGCCCAUUUCAGGUAUAGGUAAGAGUUUCCAUCUGAUCAUCGACUCUGCAGUGCUCUGUGACAAAAAGCAGUAUGAUGGAAAUUGGACAAAUUUAGACACUAUAAAAAAGAAGAGCAAAUUGGACAUAGCAAUCCAACCACAACCAGUAGAACCAUCAACUGGUUCCUUAAAUUUAUUAAUUUGUCACCGAGGUCGGGUUAUUGGGGUUAGCAAAUGUCCAGUUUCCAUACCGUAUGUUUUGACAUCCGCGUCCUCUCUAGCCCAGUUUGACGUAUUUUUUGUUGCUUAUUUUCUCUUUCUGCAGUUCGAGUUGACAAUAUGUAAUUUAUGUUUAUGACCAGGAUGCAGACGUGUAGAUCUAACAUUUUGGAAUGAUACUGUGCAAGCUAAAUCGUUUAGGUGUAUUAAUAGUGAUUUGGCUUCCUUCCCAAAAAGAAAUUUCUUUAGGAAAUUGUUCUGUUCUUCCCCUCUCUGUUUAUAUUCUUUCUUUCAUUUGUUGAAUAGAAGUGUUGUUUUAAGAAU